CGGCGCCGAAGGGGCGGAGCGGGGCCCGGCUUCUUCUUCUUCCUCCUCCUGCUGCUGCUCUCGCUCUUGCUGCCGCCUCCUCGGGGCAUGGCCGGGCUGGAGCUGCUGUCGGAGCAGGGCUACCGCGUGGACGGGCGGCGCGCCGGGGAGCUGCGCCAGAUCCGCGCCCGCCUGGGCGUCUUCGCGCAGGCCGAUGGCUCCGCCUACCUGGAGCAGGGCAACACCAAGGCGCUGGCCGUCGUCUACGGGCCCCACGAGAUGCGCGGCUCCCGCAGCAAAGCGCUGCCCGACCAGGCGCUGCUCAACUGCCAGUUCAGCCUGGCCACCUUCAGCACCGGCGAGCGCAAGCGGCGGCCCCACGGCGACCGGCAGGCGGGCGAGAUGAGCCUGCAGCUCAAGCAGACCUUCGACGCCGCCAUCCUCACGCAGCUCUACCCGCGCUCGCAGAUCGACAUCUAUGUGCAGAUCCUGCAGGCGGACGGCGGGAACUACUGUGCCUCGGUGAACGCUGCUACUCUGGCGGUCAUUGACGCCGGCAUCCCCAUGCGGGACUACGUCUGCGCCAUCUCGGCCGGCUUCCUGGAGGACACGCCCCUGGCCGACCUGAACUACGUGGAGGAGGCGGCCGGUGGCCCCCAGAUGGCCCUGGCGCUGCUGCCCAAGUCGGAGCAGAUUGCGCUGCUGGAGAUGAACGCCCGGCUGCACGAGGACCACCUGGAGCGCAUCAUGGAAGCCGCCAGCAAGGCCUGCAAGGAUGUCUAUGCCGUGCUGGACCAGGUGGUGAGGGAGCAUCUGCGUGAGGUCACUGCUCUGCUGGGCAAGUGAGCCCUCUGCCAUUCGCUCAGGCGGCCCCAGCUCUGGAUGCGGCCAAGAAUCUCCCCCUUCCUCCCUGAACUGAGCUGCUCUCUGUGGGAGAGGAAUGCGCAGCUAGAUGCGGGGGGUGGGGGGUGUCCUUGCAUUGCCUGUGGUGCCUUGCACUAAGCCUUUUUGUACAGGUUUGCUUCUUUUUUACAUGUCAGAGAAUUAAAUAUUCUUCCAAAGAAAGUACGGAGCGUGGGUCACUUGAGCACACGUCACGUGGCUUCCCUUUCUGGCCUCAGCUCAGGACUGGUUGAGAUUUAAGAGCGGGUGAGCCUUGCCCCCUCCUGACUCGGGCUUCUGUGCGUGUUUCUUCAACAAACACACUGUUGUGACGCUUGACUUGUCCAGAACAACUCUGGCCACUGGGGGAGCCACAAAAGGCCUGUAACUUUGCACAGCUUAGAUGGAGCCAUUCCCUCAUCUUAGCUUUACAUGUGCAUAGAAAUUAAGUUGCGCUAUCAGAGGAAAUGCAUGCCUGCAUUAUCAGAGCUAACCAGUGUUAGAAACUCAGAUAUAUAAUCUACUUGCCCAAAUGGCGCCUUAAACCUAGGUUACGGUUGCCACAAUGAAA